GCCCUUCCCCUGCCUUUCGAUGAAAAUAGAUCUUGGAAUUAAUUAUAGAUAUAAACUCCUCCGCCCCGAAACUAGGCAGCGCAUCGUUUUCUUCCCUUCUACUCCGGGCGGGGGGGGGGGGUGGAUGAUCAGUACAGUGGUUUCAUCUGUAGGCUUUUAACACUGCGUCUUUCUUUCUGGGAAAGACGGUGUGAAUCAGCGCGGUGUGUUGCAGCCAUGGCUUUUGCCGCAUCAGGAGUUGUGUAACCAGUGGCGAAAACCUUCCAGCCGUGCUGGGUGAUUGCGGGCUCGCUGAGCGCUGUCGUGCCUAUAGCCUGCAACCUUCGGCAGGAAAUUAUUGAUGAGGAGCCGCUACAGCAUUGUGCAUAUAACUGUUAGAAGACCCAUUAGGACGUCUGAACACUGAAGAAGAGUCUGAAAACACCUCUUCGGCAGAUGUCAUCUGGGAGUGUUCCUGGCUCUUCUGGAGAGAGCAUGAUUUACUAUCUCCUUGCUGGUGUUGCUGCUUUUGGUGGUUUAUAUUACGCUUACAGAACAGUCAGUUCAUCCCGCAGCAAGUAUAUUGAACAUAUGAAUAUUCUUCAUGAAAGAGCUGAGGGGCGGAAAAACAAACCUCUUUCACACAAGGGUGAUGAAGAGGAGACAACUGAAGUCACUGAAGCAGAAGCAGCCACAGAAGCGACUGAUACAGUAACUGCUGCUGGACCUGCAGCACAGGAUGAGAGUUCUGAGGUAUCCUCAGAAACUGGAGGGGAGAGUGGCUUACCAGCUGCUGUGGAGGGAACACAGGAGGAAGCUGCUGCUAACUUGGAAGCUGCUGCUAAUUCAGAAGCUGCUGCAGUGCAAGAAACUGUGGGUGAAGGCUUGGAUGUUGCAGUUUCUUCUGCCCAUGAGGAAAACUUAGACAGUGUCAAAGAAGGAGUAGCCUCAGCAGCUCAAGAGAUGUCUGACGUGGCCUCAAGGAACCAGGAAGCUGAUGCUGAGGAGUCUGGGCAAACUUCAGAAGUUUCCACGGAAGAGACGACACCUGAAGAUGUUGCUAAGGAUUCCUAAAGGUACAUGGUACAAUUCCAGCAUGAGCUUGCCUGCGAUUCACCUUUCUGUUUUUCUCAGCUCGUGGCAGUUGCAGCAAGUGGAAAGUCUGCAUGUACAUUCUGUUUCCACCCCAACAAGUACACUGUAAAAAGAACUUAACUGAAGUAUUUCUUAUCGUUUAAGAAUCAUUGUUGGCAUCUUUUAGAGGUAGGGGAGCAAAACUUCACUGUGAUAUCAACUGUCACACUGGAUAUUUGCUUAUGGCAUUAUUUUAGUCCUAUGAAAAUUGGAUUAGGACCCAAGAGUUGUGAGAAAUCUAGUUUUCUUCUGUGCAACCAGAGUUCAGUGGACAUCGAUUUAAAUGAUACAGAUAUCGGGCUCUUGAAUUAUUGCUUUGUCUAAGUGAACUCCUCUCUUGUCAUCCUGAGGGUGAGCACAGUGAAGCUCUAACCUUCUGACUUGUUAAAGAUAUUUUUCAGGAGCAGUCUCUUUGCACUUUUAGUUUGUGCUAAUGAAAAAUAUUGAAUACAAUGUUAUUCUUGGGCCCCAUCCUUCAGGGUAUGCCUAGUGAAGUACGCGACUAAGGAGCUGGUGCACUCAGUGGGACUAAGGAAUGCUUAAGUUGCUCAGUUGGCUUCAUUACGUUCCAGAAUAAAAUAUUUUGUCUGAGUUUUGCGUUCCACGUGACUUUGCUUUCCAAAAUGGACUGCAAGAUGGUGAUAGAAACCUAAGGGAAAAAAAGGUUGGCUGAAAUAUGAACAUGGACCUUGGUAGAAAAUAUAUUAACUAAAACAGAAACAACUGAAAGUUACGCAAAUAAACCUCCCAGGUCAGGAUUCUCAAAAUUACCUUUGCUCCCAGUCAACAAUUCAUAUUACUUUUUGGAGCACCAACACAAGAGUAGAAGGAAAUGGAGCAGAGAAAGUGUUAUUUUUCAUUGUACUCUGGCAAAGUAUGUACUAAAUACACCUAGAACAUAACAAUAAAGCUGUAUGAAUCCUUCUCAAACUCAUAUUUGCUUAUUCCAUCAUCCAGUGCAAUAUAAAAUAACCAUGUCUCUUAUGUUCAUGUGAUAAAAGGUAAAUAUUAUUCUUAACUGCAUUAAUAAAUAAACCAAAUGUCUUGGGUCUUUCUUUCAUGUUGUUUUAGCACUCAAAUCUAAUCAGAAAAACACAAACCCAAACAAGCCCACAACUGUAAAAUAAUUUACAAAAUGCUUGUGCAGGAUAUGUUUCGCUACCAAUUGCUGUAUUGUACUGGGAAUAAUGACAUGCAGGGGAAUGGGUGUUUAAUGAAUGUGGCUGGGAUGUGCCAAAAAGCAGCAGGAGCGUGUGUCUCAAGCUGCUGGUUUUGCUCAAGGAGAAAGCUAAGGGCACCUGAGAGUAUCACAUUGGCAAACCAAGUUACCAAGAAAUUGUCUCCACCCUGGGACACAUGAAUGCAGUGCUACAGUGAAAGUAAUAGAAUUUAUGAAGUCUUCCUUUCCCCCCCAUACAUGUUUUGCAGCGCUAAAAUUGUUUCAAUGUUAACCCAGAUUUUCAUUUGGAUGACAACCAAUCCAGUUUCAUUAAUGAAGGCAGAGAUAGUAACUAAAAAGGGGGUAGGAGGGAAGGCAAACUGUUAUGAAACCCCUUUUAUGGAACAAAUUGAAAACAGGGGAAAAAAGUGACUCUCUUUUCUGCCAGAAUAUGGGUGCCCAGAAUGACUGCUUAGAUUGUUUGGGUUCUUUUCUUCAAAAAAUGACUUUUUACGGAUGUAACAUCACAAAGUUACAAAAAGUGUCUCUUCAUGAGCUCGGAUUCAGUGUUCUUGAAAAAAAAAAUGUUUAUAAAGCAUUUCAGUUCUAAGUGCUGCAAGAUUGCUGCGGGACUGAAAGCCAGGCUGACUUUUUCUAUUUUGCAAGUCAUCAGCCACAAUGCACCUCCAGUUAGAAGAGAUCUAAUUUUUUAGUAUGUUUAAUUGUAAACACUUUAGGGUAUGGUUCUUAACUUUCAGUUUGCAUCGAAUCACGUUAUACAUUUUGAAGUAGUCAAAGAAAAAAAUCAAAAGAAUUUUGAUGAUAUGAGAAAAUAGUAUCCGGUUCACUUUUUUUAAAAAAAUACUUAUUAUUCCGUGAAGGGCUAGAAAUAGCAGUGGUGGAUGAAAUCUCAGAUGGAGCCUUGAACUGAUGCUGAAAGCAUAUCUAACUGAGCAUAUAUUAUUGUUCCACUUUCUUCUCAGAGUACAGCCGUCCUGUGUGUGGCUGCUGGUCCUGAAUUCACAUCACUGGGAAGCUACUUAUAUCAGUAAUCUCAGCAAACACAAUUGGUUUACCUCAUGCUUCAAGUUAAUCAAGUAACUUUUUGUAGAAAUAAGGCUUGGUGGAAUUUGUCCGACGUGCAGAGGAAUUCAUUAAUAUCUUAGUAACACAGCUGAAGAUGAGGGAUUCCUUAAAAUUCUGCUUUGUUGGUGGUAGCACAGCAAGCUUUUACAAGCCAUCAGAUAAGUAGGAUUUACAAAGAAGUAGUGUUUAUAUGCUACAACACAUUUAACUGAUAACCUGCAGUCAAAAAUACAGUGCGCUUUGGAGGUCUGCAAAGAAAAAGUCAUGAUGUAUCAAGUCUGUUGCUAAACAUCAUUUACUUUUGCUCCCUCUAAAACAUUCUUUUUUCUUUUUCCCAGUGAGCAGCAUUGAAGCCUUUGAAAAGUUUAAUGGAAAUAUUUGGGCAGUCAACCAGCGGAUUCCUGUGCGAAACCUCGUACUCUGCCUUGGAGACAUAAAACAAAUUGUGCAGUUUGUCAUACCACACACUGCUUAUUAGGAUGAGUAUUCAUUACUGAAACAGACAACCUAAUACGAUUUAAGUUGGUUAGAGAGAUGCUUCUGUAAUUAACCACUCUGUUUUAGAAAGGAGCAUGUAGUAAUAAAUGUCAAAGCACCAUCCAGCAUAUAAUAAACACAUGUACUAAGAGAAGCAGUAGACUUAACUGAAUCUGUGUCACGUGAACUCAUUUUAGUUCUUUUUUGCCUAGUUAUCUACAAUGAUGUCUUACCUUUUGUCCAAACUGUGCUGCAUAAUUAUAGUAUUGUACCAUUCCAUGCUAAAAUUUAAGAAGAAAGUUUUACUAUGCUAUUUACUAGUAAAAUUACCUGUUGGUAUUUUUAAAUUGGGUCACAGGGGAAAAUAACAACCAUGUUUUCUCCCAACUUUGAAUUUACAAUACUAACGAUAGGACAUUUGGCUGUACAAAGUCUAAUUUUCCUCCUGCACAAACUUUUUAGAUGUUAUCCUUCCUUGCACAAUUGUAUCCAGGAGUAAACUUUUCAAAAGUUUAAAGCAGUCUCCUGCUUUGAGAACAUUAACCUUUUGCAAGUAGUAGCAAUAGAUACAUCAUAGCACAUUAGAGAAACUGGAAAACAAAAUAAUGCAGGUUGAAGUUAUCGUGGGUGGUUGGGAGUGGUGAGCCCCAUUCCCACCAAACCUUUUUCACCUUGUGAAAGUCUUGCUGUGUUGUUCUGUCUUAGCAGGGACAUGCAGUGGCGGCAUAAUGAAAUGGAGAUUUGAGAGAAGACUUACACGAAUCAUGAGCAAUACUGGCUACGGUUAAGCUCCUCUCUGUGAGCCUGGAGGUGGUCAGCAAAAUCCCUAUUAAAGACUACAGCAUAGGUGUUCACAUGCACAAGAAUUCUUAAAAACUAGUGAAAAAUCCAUAGCUUUGGAAACCUGGAAAAAGCUGUUACUUGUCAAAAUUUCUCUCCCAGAGAGGGGUUAUGUAACAACUCAGGCAGAGUUUGAAAAUUGUGGCCUUUUAUUUUGUUUUUCAAAACGCGUAAUCAGUAAAUAUUCUUGUCUUGUUAGUAUUAUCUUAAUAAUAAAUAAUCUAUAAUGAAUAACAGGUUUGUAUGACACUGUUCUCUUGAAUCUCUUUCGUGUCAUGGGCAUGCACACACACAUGUCCACGCAUGUGCACAUCUACUACAAAUUUUCUGUUGAGAUUCCCCACCAGCUUAAAAGCAUUACAGCCAUCCCAAUACGGUGAUAAUUCUAAUUCAGGCGUGAAACAAGACAUACCAUAUACAAUUUAUAUAGAAACUGUGAAUUUUAAGGUAUAACUGAUUGCUUUUUCUUCCAACAGAACCUUAGAAAAAAGCACCGUAUUAUAACAUUCCUACCCAUUGCACAAAGAAACGUAUUGUCAUUCCCCCCAUCAUGAAGCAAGCUAUAAUAGCAUUCUGACAAAAAUACAGUCUAUUCUUCCUGCACCUGCUUAUGAAUAACUAGAAUAAUGCAGAGGCAAAAUCAAGAAGCAUUUGCUUCGAGAAGCAAUACCAUAGCCUUAUACUGAAAGGAUAAAGCCACUGUGAUUAAAAGCCAUUGUUGC